AUGAAGGCCACUCUUAUCUCUUUCGGUGCGCUUGUUGGGCUGGCCGCGGCUCAAAAUGCCAUCGUGAACAACCAUUGCGAUUCCACUGUCUACGUGCAGUCUUUCCCAUAUGAUGGCAGCGCCCCCGGACCUCUCACGGCUGUUCCCAAGGGUGGCACUUUCUCUGAAAAAUUCAGACCAUCGGGUUCCACCGUGAAGAUUGGAAAAUUGAAGACGCUUCAGGCUCCCCUCUUCUUUGGCUAUUCUUUCUCAUCAAACCCGGACUACGCCUAUUAUGAAUUCAGCACGCAAUUCGGCAAUCCGUUCGCCGCGCAGCCUAACUCCCUGAGCCCCGGAGAGGGCUGUGAAGCAUUCGACUGUGCAGCCAAUGACGCUGCCUGCUACAGUACGCCCGCUCACAAGAAGGUUUAUGGAUGCCCCCAGCCUGUUGAUCUUACUGCCGACCUGUGCCAGUGA